AUGGAAUACAUAGCAGGCUCUAUUUUGCUGACCAAAGUUGGAAGAGAUGUUGAUGCAAAGUCGCUGGAGAUGCUUUUCAGGUCGAUAGAUGCGUCUAUUGAGAACGAGACUCUUGAUCUUUUCCUGUCAAAGGUGUCUGGAAAGAGCAUGGAAGAGUUGAUGGCGAGCGGCAGUGAGCUGAUGAAGUCGUUUGCUGUUUCGUCAGCGCCUGCAAAGGCAGAGGAGAAGAAGGAUGCACCGGCAGCGGCAGCUGCUGCGAGUCAGGGACAAGAAGAAGAUCCCGACGACUUUGAUAUUUUUGGUGCAUUUUAA